AUGUCAUCCUCCUCCGAAAAGGGCGGCGAGCAUGACAGCGCCCCAGUGAUUCCAGACAAUUUGGAUGCAACCAUUGUAUAUAAUGCAUUCUAUGCAAUAGCCCUUUCCUUGAUUUUCCUUGUUGUUUUUUUAUUUUUCAGACGCAAACUCAAGUGGGUUUAUCGCCCCAAUACGGCAACUUUUGGCAGAUAUCACCCAUUGCUUCCAGAGGCAAAAUCCGGCCUUGCUUCCUGGGCAUGGAUCAGGCAUACGUUCUUCCUCCCCGAUGCCCGUCUUCUGACUCUUGUCGGGAUGGAUGCCUUCAUUCUGAUCAUGAUAUUGAAAAUGCUCUUCUGGACAUUUUUACUGUUGUCCAUCAUUGCUAGCAUAAUAUUACUGCCGGUAUAUAUGCAUGGCACAUAUGGGGCCCAGGUGACCACCACUUCGACGCAAAUUUAUUCGCGUCUAUCGAUUGCACAUCUAGAGUCGGGGUCGCCUUGGCUGUGGAUGCCCACGUUGGCGGUGUGGCUGUUUUCGCUAAUCUUUGGAUAUGCUCUGAUCCUCUUUUAUUCGGCAUAUGUACAUUUACGUCAGGCAUACAUUGCCUCGCCGGCCUCGCUGACUUCUGUCCUGGAUUUGAUUGCGUUUUAUCGGGUAACGGGAAGCCUUGAGCAAACUUAUGGAUUGCUAGACAUUCCCUCGCGAACAGUACUAGUACAAGGGUUGGAUUCUCGCCGCUUUACUUCUGAAGAAUCGGUGACCGCAUUCUUCGACCAGUGUUCUGUCGGCUUGGUCAUAGAGUCAGCCUUCAUCAAAGACCAUCCACGGCUACGCCACCUGAUUCGUGAGCGCAACAUAGUCCUUCGGAAGCUUGAGUCUGCAUGUGUUCUUUGGAUGCAUGCCAUUCUGCAUGCAGCGCGCCGUCAGAUUGCCAUUUCUGACGCCCCACAAGCACCCUCUUCCAAUGAGCCUGUUCCUGAAGCCUUGAAGCAAAAAGAAGUGCUAAAAUUGAUCCAUCAAUUGAUCACAAUCGAAGAGGGAAAAGACAAUGACAAGCUUCUGGGAUCAUCACUCGCUUUGUCAUUACCUCCAUUAACCCCAGCUCGCAAGCGAGCGUUGCUUGAAGUAUCCUUUGAUGCAAACUUCCUUUCUGAACUCAGGCCACUGAUAGGAAAAUCUUUGUGGGCCAAGCUCGCCGAAAAAAUUGGCUUCAAAGGCAAAGAGAAAAAUCUUGGUUCUCAAGAAUCAGACCUUGAAAGAGGAUCCGGAUCAUCCUCUAGAGGUUCAAGUACACGAGAUUUGAUUUCAUCUCUUGGUGCCAAGCUUGCAGCCAUAGAUCAUUUGAUUGAGGCAGAGCGGCUUUCCAUAUUUUCCGAGUCAAGAGCUCUACUUUCUGAAAGCUCUUUGGAGACUGCACAAAAAGACCUCCAAGCAGAGGCACUUCAAUUGCCAAAAGGAAUGCUCGUCAACGACACGCGGUUGUUGUUGGUGCAAGCAUCCUCUUCUACGCCACCACAGUCUUGCGUGGCUACAUCAGAUGAAAGCGAUAGGCAAGAUCUCAAAAAUUCCAAGUGCCAAGAAGAGGAGGCAACCCCUCCGUCAAUUUCUGCCGCUAUGGAACAUCAUAAACGGGCACCUGGGUUGGCAGAUGAGAGGGCUACCUUUUUCUCAAAAAAGCUAUUUGGGGAAGUUCUCAAUGAUGCCAGACUUGCGAUGCCAAAGCAAACGCGAUCAGCUUUUGUGACUUUUCGUGAGGCUACUGCGGCUUCAAUCAUCUCCCAAGUGCUUAUUGAUGGGACCCCUUUUUCUUGUCGCACAGAGCUAGCACCCCGUCCAAAUGAGAUCAUGUGGGGCAAUAUCGGGCUUCCCGCAUUUCUGCGUGGCAUCCGCUCCUGGAGUGGCUAUGCUGCCAUUAUUUUGUUAAACUUGACGUGGUUUUUUCCUGUAACCUUCGUCAACUCGCUUAAUCAAAUCAACAGAAUCGCACAAGUGGUUCCCGGACUCAAUUGGGUGCUUCACCUACCGCGCCCCAUACAAACACUGAUUGAGGGCUUACUCGCGCCACUGUUACUCAAUGGGUUGCUUGUGAUUGUUCCUUAUGCUCUGGAUGCGAUUUCGCGCUAUGAAGGUGUUCCUACAAAGACAGCAUUGCAGCGCUCGCUGAUGAGAAAGUAUCUGGCUUUUCUGUACUUACAGACUUUCUUUGUUUCCUUCCUUUCAGGCUCCAUUCUCGCGGCUAUAGUGCCGUUCAUUGAGGACGGCAACUUUUCCAAGAUCGUUGAGGAGAUCCGCCAAAUGCUGGUUCCCAAGUCUUCUUUUUUCUUCAAUCUGAUCGCAAUCAAAGUGGCCAACGAUCUCUUUCUAACUCUUGCAAAUCCGGUGGGUCUCUUCUUCUUUAUAUCGCUGGGCGCAUUAAGUGGUGGUGGAAGUGGCCAUUCCACCACAUCGCUCAAGACACCACGUGAACGUCAAGAGGGCCGUUCUCCAGAGAGGCUCAACUAUGGCAUUGUGAUUCCGUUACUUCUCUUCUCUGUGCCACUUAUUCUCACAUAUGCUGUGAUCUCUCCACUGAUGCUCGGCAUUGGAACCAUCUAUUAUGGAAUUGCAUAUUUAGUCUAUCGCUAUCGCUUUUUGUAUACUGCCAGAAGCACGUGGGAAUCUGGUGGCUCUUUUCUUUUUGAUGUUGCUGGCUUUCUGUGUUUGGGGAUGGCCACUUUUCAGGUUAUGACAGCAAUUCAGCUGUCGUUCCAGGGCGCAAAGCUGCAGGCGCUUGCAGUGAUGCCAACAUUGGUCUUUACAAUAAUCAUAUGGCGUUUGAUCCGUCGUAUCACGCGGACGGCCUCUUCAUAUGUACCUGCUGGCGCGCGGCCUGACCUGGCACCGGCUGCACGAUAUCCGGAGUACAAGCGAUCGAUCCCACGUCUACAUGCACGGGACGCCCUUUCUCUUGGAGCGAUGCUUGGCGGCAGAUCAACGCUUGAUUUGGUUGCUGUUCUUAUUUCCCGACAAAAGAGCUUUUUGGCAGAAGUCGAAGUGGGGCCGUGCGAUGAACUUGGAGCUGAAUCAAGUAGCAGUGGCUCCUCCUCUGCCACUUCUAGCGGCUGUGAACUGCUUCGGCCAACUUGCUCUUCAGAGGUAGUUUCACUGCCAGAGAGCACGGUAUCAUCUGAAAAUGGAAAGCUGAGUUCUAAAUCCUCCACCUUGGCAGGCUCUGAAUCCGCGAUGGGAUCAUCGAGUCGACCCUCGGUCUCUUUUGCGCUAUCCGGAGGCUCUUCCUCGAUUGAUCGGGAUUUGAGAGAAACCGUUGAAUGGUACAUGAGCAAUCCUUAUAGAAACCCGACUCUCUUCAAAAAACUCAAUUCACUCUAUCUUCCUCGCACCUUUUUUAAGAUCAUUCAAAUCGUGUCUAUGGGGGGAGCAUCAUCCGACGUUAAGGCUGCGGAUGAUCAACAAGAUGAUGGCGAUGAUGGACACGAUAAAAUGGUCGAAGACGACAAGGAAAAUUUUAAUGACGAUGAAGAGGUUGACCUAACCCCAUUUGUACCUCUUAAUGCGCCGGUUGGCAGUCGUUCUUCUGAUGCCUUUUCUCAGAUGAAAGACGGCCAACAAAGCACUAAUGGCGCGAGCACAUCCUCUGCUACCAAAAAAGACAACCAAACCCAAGAUGAUGAUCAUAAUAUGAUGCCUCUUGAUAGCUUGCAGCAAAUGACCGGUAGUAGGCAGCCAAAAAAUGCUUAUCAUGAAGUUGAACCCACCAUGCAUGGAUCGCCAUCGCUCUCAUUGAAGGCCACAGAGGGUGGCAUUGCCCCCUCAAUGACAUUUAUGGAUGGAUCUUCACCGUUACCUCCACCUAUAAUCAGGUUUUCCAAGCCAUAA